CAAGAUCUCACAUAAAUAUAUUUUUCCUUAGCUAUAAAUCACCAGACAUAAAUUAAAUAGAGUUGGUGAAUAGUGUAAAAGUCAAACUGUUGCAAGUAAAAAGAAACGGAGGAAAUAUAUCUUUAGUUCAUGCUCUUUUUCUUGUGUAUAGAUCAAUAAUAAGAGCGUAAUUAUAUACGGCUCCAUCAAAUAUUUGGGAGAAAUGUCUCUCCUCACAUUAUAUAAUUAAUAAAUAAAACCUUGAAAAUAUUAACAUCUAUGUUAAUCAUAUACCAAACAUCCAACUAAUUGUAUGUUACUUGUUAGCUAUGGUAUGAAACGAAAGGUCAUAGUUUUGCCCCCACCAAGGAAAAAUCACAGAAAUUUCAUGCGAUGUGGUCGUCUAAUAAUAUACACCAAAUCUGUCUGAACAAUAUCUUGCAAAUCCAUGUGUUUUUUUUGGUAUCAUUGAAUUUCUUGUUCUAGAUCUACGCAAGAAUUUGCUCUUUAUAUAGAAGUGUGACAUUUAGGUUGCAAAUAAUUCUCAUUAACGCAAAUAACAACAAUGGGGUGCAACAAACUAGCCACAUUGAUGAAGGUUGCAAGAGUAACUAGGGACUACAUAAAACCAUCCUCAAUUACUCCUCCUCACCUUAGGAACUUCAAAUUUUCCCUCUUAGACCAACUUGCUCCUUCAUUGUAUGCACCCAUGGUGUUCUUCUACCCUAUGCAAGACAUUAGUAACAUAAAAGCCGCGACAAGUUAUCGUGUUAACCACCUAAAGCGAUCCCUUUCUCCGUUCCUUAAUCGUUUCUACCCCUUCGCGGGUAGGAUUAAGGAUCAUGUCUCAAUUGAUUGCAAUGAUGCCGGUGUUGAGUUUUUUGAAGCUAAGGUUAUUAACACUUGUUUAAACGAUUUCCUUAGACUUCCCAACGCUAAUGCCCUCAAACAAUUCCUUCCUGUUGAUAUUGAGUCUAAUAAGAGCAUGGAUCACUUGGUUCAUGUUCAAACUAAUACAUUUGAGUGUGGAGGAAUGGCACUUGGGAUUUGUUGGUCCCAUAAGAUCACAGAUGGUGGGACAGCUUCUACAUUCAUGAAGGGGUGGUCCUCUAUGGCCUCCGGGUUAGGUGAUGAGGUUGUUCCGGAGUACGUUGCUUCCUCUUUGUUCCCUCCAAUGGACUCCUCAAUCAAGCAACACGCGUUGAAGCUAGACAAGGAUAGAACAACCACAAGGAGGUUUGUCUUUGAUGGAUCAAAGAUUGUCAAGCUCAAGGAUAAGGUUGCAAGUAAGGAAGUGCCUAAGCCUACUCGAGUCGAGGCUGUCUCAUCCCUUCUAUGGCAAUGUGCAACUAAGGCAUCAAGAGCAAACUCGGGUUCUCAAGCACUAUCAGUGAUGUCCCAAUCCAUGAACAUUCGCCGAAGGACCUUGCCACCCUUGCCAGAUACUAGUAUCGGAAACCUAGUCGGGUAUUACAUAGCAAAGAUGGAGGAGAAUAGUGAUCACAUAAUGCACUUGGAAGAUCUAGUAACAAAGCAAAGGCAGGGGAAAACCGAGGCCAUCAACAACUACGCGAAGAAGCUGCAAGGAAACGAUGCAUACGUAGUGAUCCAAGAGCUAUUCAAAGAGGCAGGAAGCCUACUAAGAAGAGAUGAUGUUGAAUUCUUCAAGUGUCUUAGCACAUGUGGAGAUGGAUUAUAUGAUGCUGAUUUUGGUUGGGGUAAACCAGCAUGGCAAAGCUUGGUAAGUUUGGGGUACAAAAACACUUUUGCUUUGAGUGAAACUAAAGAAGGUGGUGGAAUAGAAGCUUGGGUGACUUUAAAUGAAGAUGAUAUGGCUAUAUUUGAGCAUGAUUUAAACCUACUUCAAUUUGCUUCAUCAAAUCCAAGUGUUAUAGAGAUUCAGAGUGAACAAGAGUUGUUAAAACAAGUUGAGAGAAGAUUAAUAUUUGAUGAUCCAACUUAUGAUUUUACAUUGCUAACAUGGUGAUGUAAAACCAAUAAUAAGUUGUACUUAAAACUUAACCAAAGUAUUUAUUAUAAUUGUGAAAGCAUGGUUUAGUUUUUUUUUUAUUUUUUUUUAUCCAUAUGAGCCAAAAGGCGGUACAAAGUACAAAGAAGGG